CCUCCCACACUUCUCUCAACAAAGCUCAACACAACCCCUCUAGCCCCGAAUCUAUACAUAGAAUAGACACCAUGUCAAUGUCCAUCCAAAACAUCUGGCAUCUGCGCCGAGUAGCAGAUACAGCCGCCAAAGCAUGUUACAUUUGCUAUAAGCCAUCGAGUAGUGUAUUAAUCACGCCUGAUAAUCGGGACUACUUCUACGUCUGCCCCUCUCACCUUCAAGACCGUCACUUCUGUUCUCCUAUUGUCGAUACAGAAGCUGUGGCCGCUAAGGCGAAAGAGGAGGCCAUGGCGAGGGAGAUUGAGAAGGUGAAGAAGGAGUAUGAGGAGAAGCAGCAGCGGAAGAAGAAUAAGGAUGCUGAGAAAGAGAAGGAGAAGAAGGACGAUGAGAAUAAGGAUAAAGAAAAGGAUGAUAAGUCGGCUACGAAAAAGGGUGAUGAGGAGGAUAAAAAGAUGCAGAAGGAACGGGAUGAUAAGAUCGAGAGUAUCAAGAAAUCGACCACUUUGUCGGAUGACUCGCCGAGGGUUUUUGCGUUGCAUAAGAAUUUCUAUCAGAUGCGCAUUGACAGGAUGCGCAAUGCUGAGAUGGCUAGAAGGAAUCGUCAACGCCUGCAGGAUCCUUCUCUGUUCCCGUCUGUGCCGACAGGAGGAUUGUGAGCUUGGACUUGGAGCCUCAAGAUGAUGAUGUGCUUGUGGGCUGGAUGUCGGAAUGCUGACGAUAUUGAUGGGCGCCUACUGCCUACAGUUCACCUUCUGGGUCGCCUGGUAUGUCCACGCGUGUGGCUGGAUCCUUCGUUGCUUACCGUGACUGUAU